AUGCAAAUAUUGAUCGAUACCGGAGCCACCAAUACUUUUAUCAAUUAUAAAACAUUACAUUCUAUUAAACAAGCCACACGUAUAAAUAAACAUUCCUCUUCUUUUGUUCUUGCCGAUGGAAUAGCUCCAUUUCAUGUCCUAGGAGUAGUCGAAUUACAAAUAUUAUUUUCUAAUCAAAUAACCAACAUAUCUGCUCAUGUAGCUCAAGAUCUCUGUACUGAUGUAAUAUUAGGAAUGGACUACAUAACUCUAUAUAAUCUUAAAUUUAAUCUUCGUAAACGAAUAAUUUCCAUUGACUUGAACAACCGUCUAUACCAAAUGAAUAUCAAUCAGAAUGUACAAACUGAAUUUAUUCCAGUUACUCUAUUAGAUCCAUUAUGUAUUCCUGCUCAAUCAGAUCGUUCUGCUAAAGUAUCUAUUCCUAUUUCAUCUAUUUGUUCACAAUUCAUCCCUCAUUAUCCAUUUUCUUUAUGUAAUACUGCAUUUGUUUCACAUAAAUUUCUUCAAUUUUGUAAUCAUUUAACUCAUGUCACCUUUUCUAAUACUUCACAUCGAUCACAUGUCGUUCCUCAAGGAACUCGUAUUGGAUAUCUAUGUCACUAUUCUAUUACUCAAUCUAAUACAAACAGUGCUAACCAUUUCCAUAAGUCAUGUGGUGUCACCAAUGAAUUUGGUGAAUUACCAGAUUUUCAUGCUUCCGCUACUAAUACGAAUACGGACAAUCACACUCAAGAUCGUCUGUAUUGUGCUACAAUUGACAAAAUACAUCCCUCAACUGAACGAGAUAUUUAUCAAUUAAUUAGUAAAAUAAACAUAAAACAACAUCGAGAUGAUCUUCUUAAACUUCUUUUUCGUUUUCAUAAAAUAUUUGAUACUACAAAACAUAAUACAGCUAAUACACCCAUCCAUCAUGUCAUUAACACUGUUCCACAUUCACCACCUGCUUGUAAACCGUACCCACAACCUGAUACAGUCGAGAUAAUGUAUAAUAUGAUACAAGAAUAUCUAAAAGCCGAACUCGUAACCGAAUCUCAUUCUCCAUAUGCGGCACCGGCGUUCCUAGUUAAAAAACAUGACGGUACAUAUCGUUUUGUAGUUGACUAUAAGAAGUUAAAUCUAAUCACCAUUAAAGAUUCGUCACCUUUACCGAACAUGGAAGACACUAUAAGAAAGCUAGGAGAAGGUUAUAGAUAUUUUUCUAAAUUGGAUCUUAAAUCUGGAUUCUAUCAAAUUCCUAUCAGAGAAGCUGAUAAAGAAAAAACUGCCUUUACUACUCCAUUCGGUCUUUAUCAAUUUAAUGUUCUUCCAAUGGGACUUAAAAAUUCCCCACCUACCUUUCAGAAGGCGCAAGCAUUUAAACAACUUAAACAAAUGUUAACAUCUACACCACUUUUUCUACAUUAUCCCAUACCUGAUAAACCUUUAAUUCUGACAACAGAUGCUAGUGGAAUUGGUAUAGGAGGAGUUCUACAACAAGAAGUCGAUGGACAUUUACAUAAUUUGUAUUAUCAUUCUCAAUUAUUAACAUCUUGUGAAAGAAAGUAUAGUACCAUAGAAAAAGAAGCACUCGCCAUAUAUAAAUGUUUUGUUCGUAUGAGACCAUUACUGUUAGGCCGACAAAUUACGAUAAUGACUGACCAUUGUCCAUUAUGUCAUAUAAUGACUAAAACAGUUAAUAAUGUAAGAGUAGACCGAAUUGCAACGUUAAUCCAAGAGUAUAAUAUUGAUAAAGUAGUUCACAUUAAUGGUCAUCGAAAUUGUUUACCUGACUAUUUAUCUCGAUAUCCCCAUGAACCAAAUGAUGACCUAUUUGACAUUGAAUAUGGACUUAACAAUAAUAUUACUCAAUAUAACAAUUUAUUAUUUGAUUUAUCUAUUACUCUAAAUUUCACAGUAGUCGAUUUUCAUGUUAUGGAUUAUCAUAUAGGGGUUGAUCGAAUGCAUCUUGAUUUCAAAUACUCUACUCUCGUACAAAACUCUAUUGUUGAUUAUUUUCAAUAUUUAACAUCCAUAGUAAUCGUAUUACCUGUUAAACCUAUGGGUCGAUCAAGAGAAGCAAAAGCUCGUCGUAACAAACGACGACAUAUCAAGCUUUUCCUCAAACAACAACAAUAUUUUUUAACUCGUCCCAUUGAAUCGUCAUGGUCUUUAAAAUCGAUCAAAAUAUAUUUACAUGAUCAAAAAAUCAAAUUCGCUAAAAUACCCUCUAUUUAUCGAAAAACUCUUCGUAUUCAGUUUAAUAACUCGGUCGACCUUCAAAUAGCAGAAGCAACUCUACCUCAAGAUGCCUUUUUCCAAUAA